AUGGCUUCCAAACGACCGCAUGAAGAUGAUUCAACCAAGGCGGUUAAGAAGCAAAAGAAAGGCUUCUCCGUAGGGCCGGCAAACUUGCCUGAUGGCACGCACCGUCGUAAAGGCAUAAAAUCAAGGAGAAGCUUAUACACAAGGCAAAGCUCAAGCAGCAGUACGCGAAGCUAAAGGCGCGACAAGAGGAUGAACCUCGCAAGUCUGUCUAUGACCGCGCUGCCGAAGCUAGUGAUGCUGCCGACGACGAUGACGACGAUGAGCCUGCUGAGCCGGUACCGGUGCCCAGUCUUGAGCCGCAUCCUGAUCGGUUGAAGAUGCUUGAGGAAAAGUCGCCAGAGCCUACGCCAGCAGAGCGAAGGCAACGACGGCCUCAGGCCCAACCCUUUAGGAAGGAGGAAGAGGUCGCGAAGAAGAAGAGAGAAGAGGCAGAGGCGCGGCAGAGGGCGAGGGAACAGGCUGAAAAGGAGCGCGCAUCGAAACUCGCUGAGCGAGAACGCUUCCGCAAAACCAUGGCGAAGGCGAGGGGAGGACCGAAUGGCAAGAGGAAGCUGGGCCGGGAAAGCACAGUGCUACUUGCAAAAGCGCAGAGAAUCAUGGGCAAGACUUGAAGGCUGGCCACUUCGAACAUGCUCGAGAUGCCGUAAGAUGCCGAUCACGCGGCAUCGCCCCAACGCCUCCUUUCCCAUGCGACCGUCCUAUCAGCCCUAUGAGCCAAACUACACUAUAAAGGGAUGCGUGAGAUGCACCUCUGGUGCGCAAGUCAGCGUGGCACAAUAGCUUGGAGACCUCGCCCGCCUUGCUCGGCAGCGGUUACCGGUGAGCGGGUGGCUGAGAUCAUGCAAUAUCCUACCCUGAUACUAUGGAGGCUGGGACCGUGCUAUAUAUGGUAUCCCAUCAAACGGAGGAUUUGAUCUGCUUUUCGGAACUUGGUACGCUUACACGUGAGUUGUGGCUUCCCACCGUUCAACGUUGCACCUGCAGCUUUACCAUCAGCCCUAGCGUAAAUAGCGGUAAAGAACAGCGUGCCUUUCUCCACAUUGGGACGCUCACAGCCGAGCGUGGGUUUUUACAAGAUACCGGUCCGGCAAAGCCAAUCAAUUACACCUGAUGUUCCGAACAUGCAGGUUUUAG